AUGGAAUACAUAAAAGUUACUGAUAAUGACACUAACUUCACAAGUAAUAAUUUUGAAAAAUUUUGCAAUGAUUAUGGUAUUAAACAUGUACUCACGUCCGCAUAUCACCAGCAAUCCAAUCACCAGCUAAAAGUUACUGAUAAUGGCACUAACUUCACAAGUAAUGAUUUUGAAAAAUUUUGCAAUGAUUAUGGUAUUAAACAUGUACUCACGUCCGCAUAUCAGCAGCAAUAUGACCAGGUAGAACGUAUGGUGAGAACAUUCAAAACAUAUAUGAAAAGGAAUACCAAUAUUGACUUAGACACUGCAUUUGACAAAUUUUUAUUCAAUUAUAGAAACAUGUGCAAUGACACUACAAAAGUCACACCUUCCAAGAAAAUGUUCAAUCGCGAUAUGAGGGUUAAAUGGGACUUAUUAAAACCGUUGGUAGAAAAGGAAAACAAAAUCAAUGUUACUUUACCACGCAAUAGAACCUUUAAUUUAGGAGAUUUUGUUUGUUAUAAAGUACAAGGUGAUGACAAAUGGUGGAAAGGUGUGGUCACACACAAAGAAAGUGACACGAUAUUCCAAAUUCUUAAAAUAUAA